AUGUUGCUGCGAUUAUGCAGUUUGGGCAUGAUGCUCAUCACUUUGAUACUAUGUGUCCAAAUGAUCGAAGCCGAUGUAUCCAAUGUUAGGAGAGCAGCACACGAUCCAUUCGAAUUUGAUCUAUACGAAGAGCCUCCAAACGAUUCUGAUGAAGCGUUCGAUCGUAUGGCUACAUUGUGUGCACGACUUCACAAGCGUGAAUCGUUCAUGAGAGAUCGGAAAGCGUCUCCAUUAGUGUUCCGUCUGUGUGAUAUGCUGAACUGA